UACCCCAACCAUUGGAGAACGGAAUGUGUUAAGGGGCUUGGCAAACAUAUACAAACAAUUCAAAUGACACUGUGCGGACACAGACUCUGGGGACAGUAACAGAGAGGAAUAGGUAACUGACUGACAAGGCUCCUUCACAAUUCUGAAUACCAUGGGCUGGCACGAUGGUUGCAUUCGUUGUAUGGUUGGAGUCCCAGUUGCCUCAGUCAUUGCCACUGUGUUAUGUUUUACCGGGGUUGCCUUGUUUUGUGGAUGUGGUCAUGAAGCUCUCAGUGGAACUGAAAAACUGAUUGAGACCUACUUCUCCAAAAACUACCAGGAAUAUGAAUAUCUAAUUCAUGUGGUCAACGCCUUUCAAUAUGCAAUUUAUGGAAUUGCCAUCUUCUUUUUCUUGUUUGGAAUUCUACUGUUGGCAGAGGGAUUUUACACUACUACUGCAAUCAAACACAUCCUGGGAGAGUUUAAGCCACAUGCUAUAAAAGGGGGUCUUAUCUCUACUGUCACGGGUGGACCACCCAAAAGUAGAGGUCCCCGAUCAAGGCAUCCAGUCCACACCUUAGAAUUGCUUUGCCGUUGCUUAGGGAGGUGGCUGGGACACCCUGACAAGUUUGUUGGUGUUACAUACGCUGUCACCAUCUUGUGGAUCUUAAUCUUCGCCUGCUCCGCCGUUCCCGUCUACAUUUAUUUCAACACUUGGGUCACCUGCCAGUCUAUUGCAGUUCCAGCAAAGACCUCAGCUGGCAUCAGUAAUCUGUGCGCUGAUGCACGCAUGUAUGGAGUCUUACCAUGGAACUCCUUCCCUGGAAAAGUGUGUGGAACCAGUUUACUUGCAAUCUGCAAAACUAGUGAGUUUCAGAUGACAUUCCACCUUUUCAUUGCCGCCUUUGUAGGUGCAGGUGCAACUCUUGUAGCUCUGCUCACAUAUAUGAUAGGUGCAUCUUUCAACUAUGCUGUGCUUCGAGUUACUGGCCGAAGCGAUCGAAAGUUUUAGACUCCAAGCUGGGGACUGAGUAAAAAAUGUCUUCACCAUUUUAUGUUCAUAACAUAUAUUUUUUUUUUAUCUUUUUCAUUUUAAUGUUGGAGUUUUAAUAACAUAUCUGGUAGCUUCUAUAGCUGGUCUGCCAUUUGUAUUCAAUCUUACUGCAGAUACCUUCCAGUAAAAAUGGCCAUACAGUAUAAGGACUGGUGUCAUGAGUUGAUUGCCAACACAAAUUAUUUCUGUCAUAUUCUGCUAUAUUUAUAAAUUAAACACAUAUACUCACAUCUUAGAGGUCAAACUUUAAAUCGACAGUUAUAUCUGAUCUGUAUGUUCUCAUUCGAUGUAGGACAAUAUCAAACUUUUGAAGUAAAUACAUAUAGAAAUUUACAGUCAAUGUGGUAUAAAAAAAAAAGUCUGUUUACUUGUUUAAAUUGUACUUUGUUCCUUAACUCAGGAAAUGGUGCUACUGUAUAUUAUUAUCCUAAGUAUAACUAUUAUAAAUAUAAAGUAACAGACUACAUACUGUAGGUGGAAAUUGAAAAUACACAAAUCACAUGCACGACAUUUGCAACCAUUUGUCUUGGCUAUAAUUCUCUUUCGUUUACAAAUAGCCUAUACAGUAUUUACAAGCUCAAUAACACUGUUAGGAUAUUUCACACCAACUGACAGCCACGCUUUAUUAAUAAAAGGGGUGUUUCCAUCUCAAAAUUUGUUGUUAAAAACAAUUCCCUUUUUGUAAAAAAAAUAAUAAUAAUACCGUAAUUAAUGGAGAUUUUCACUAUAGUGUAAAUAGGUGUCUUUGUUUUUAUCUUUUGUAACCAAUGGUUAUAGGCACUGUUUUGGUCCUGUAGCAGCGACCAUGCUGCCUGAGAUAUCCUUUAAUAAUUUCCUUAUAACCCUGGUCGGGUUCAUGAAAGCAUGCAUUUCUGAAUCACGUACAAUGAAUAGGAUGGCUCCCUUGCGUGCACAGUAGUAUUUUCUUUGAAAAUUAACAGGCCUUGCAGUUAUCCUAAUGAGCAAUUGAAUACUUUUGAUAGAAACUGAUUUGGGAAGGAAAAAAGGAAAGGAAAGAUGGAAAUGUGCCUUUUGAUAUUUAAUUCCCAAAAUACUUUCUACUAUAUGCCAUGCUUGUUGACAUAACAUCAGAAAGCAAACAAAUCAGCCUGAAACUUAUGCAAUAUCCUACUUCUUCAGACCUAUAUACAUGUUUAUAACAUAUGCUUGGUCUAACGGUUUAUGAUUUCGUCAAGUUACGACUCUUCCCACAAAUAAUAAUUUAUUCCUCUAAAUGUUAUAGAAACAUCAAUCAGAUUUCAUUAGAUUUAGCCAUGCACUUGGCUGUAUAUGGCCAAAUCUGACAGUGAUUAAUUUGUUUGCCAGUCAGCCUGAUUCACCAGAUCUCAAUGUGUGGCCAGCAUUACUUUGUUCAAGAUAAAACUGUUCUUGUCACUCAAUGCCUAAUUUUCACAUAAAAGGAUCCUGGAUUUUUGGGUUGCAUUUAAUGAAAAUCUAAUUUAAAAAAAGCCCAAUAAUAUAUAGAAAUAUAUAUGUAAAUUUUUCAUAACCGGAUAUUAGAUGGAGCAGAGACAAUUUUCUAAACACAGUACAUUUACUCUUCAUCAGCUUGCUAAAAUGAUACUACAACCAGCCUGCAACAAUAGUGAUAUAGUUUGCUUUAAGCAGUGAUAGCACAUCGUAAUGCAAUGAAAAGUGUGCAUACCUCAAUAAUACAGCUUAGAAUAAAUCAGUGAAUAUUAUUAAAUAUAAGGCCAUGUUCAUGUCUGUGGUGGUCUAAAUUUCAUCUAAGUUGAAACAUUGUGGAGAAAGAAUAUUAUAGUCUGAAGUGUUAUUUUUGCCAUAAACAAACAAACGAAGACAAAGGAUCCAACAGAAACUUAAUGGAUGUAUUUCCAUUGGGUCUGUUUUUCAGCAUGGGAUCGAUCAAGAUUAAUUUCAAUAAGAGUCUGUCAAAGCAAAUUAGGUCAUUAAAAGGAAAUCUGUCGUCAGUUUCACUUACACUUACCUGUCGGUACUCUGAUGACAACGAUGCUUGCCUGAUCCUGUUCCAUGCUCCAGUUAUCCAACUAUUCUCUUCGGUAUGUUCCAUAUCGGGGCCAACUUGGAGUUUGGGCAAAGCUUCAUGACGUCACCAAUCCUGCUUCUCUUCUGAAUCCCGCUGCUAGCAAACAGCAGCGGUGACAUCACUAAGCUGCGCCCAUGCUCCAAGUUGGCCUCGGAAUGGAACAUAACAAAGAGGAUAGUGGGAGAACCAGAGCACGAAAUGGGAUCAGGUAAGUAUCGUUGUCAUCAGUGUCACCUGCAGUACCUGUCUGUACAGAUUUCCUUUAAAGGGUUUUUUGGGGUAAAAAUAUUGAUAGCUUAUCCAGUGCUGACACAAGGCACCACUGCUGUUCAGCUGUUUAGCACUGCUGUGUAGCUGGGAGUAAACAAUGUACGGGAGUCAGAAGCCUUGGCUCUUUAAAUUGUGGUGACUUAACUCCUGUAAUUCUUUUACUUCUGCAACUGCAGCUGUGCAGUUGAGUGUUGGGGAUGCAGGGUUUAAGCUAUAUGUUCAAAAUACAAAUAUAAAUACAAGAACUAUACAUUAGUUUGUGUUAGCAAAUGUUCUCCACUGAUUUUGAAUAUACACAGGAACUGGUGAGAAUUUUACAUAUAUAAUUUCUAAUGCAUAAAAAGAACAAAAUUGUCCCUUAUUUUGACAGCUAGUUUGUCAAUAUAAUUAAGUUUCAAUUAUAAUCCCAGAGUUUACAUAAGAUAAGUGAGACAUUGGGCAGAUGCAUACAUAGUACAUUUAGUGCAGUCUAGAUAUAGAGUCUAGUUUGAGGUUCUAAAGAUAAGGGGCCAGGAAUCUGGGUACAGAUGAGCCCUGAAUCUCUUCACAUCUAUCCUGUUCCACUAAUGUUUUCCUCAUUUAUAGAAGACUAAGGGUCCUUUAGUUACAGAAGACAAUUAUAGAAUCUAUAAACUGUAUUUGCACUAUAUAUGGAUUUUCUUUAGUUCAGACUAAGUAAAAGACCAUAACAACUGACAGCAAAGUAAAUAUAUAAAGAAUAUAGCAGUGCAAGCCUAUUUGUUCAUCUUCAAACUCUGCUUCAUGUGAAUAGUUUCACCAAAUUGGCAGCAAAGAACCUUGUCAGCUGCUUAUGAGUAGCAGACAAGUAAAUAACAAAAAUGUCUUUGCAAUCCAAAAUACUGCCUUUCUUGAACCUGUGCGUUUCUUAUAAUAGGAUACAUAACACACAACUUCCUGUCCCUCCUCUAAUCAAGUGGUUUUGAUCCAGCAGACAAAAGGUGUCAUUUUUGUUUUACAGUAUAAUUUCUGUCUUCUUUUGGUAUUGCUGUGAAUCACUAAUUAUGGAAUGUAAGAGCUUAAUUAAGCAAUUAAAUAUUUCUUUAUUAAAUUUCA